AUGCCUUCUUUGUCCCUCACUCAUAUCUUGAGCAUUGUGUUUGUGAUCAUGGCUGCCUCUGUUGACCCUCUUGUUGUUGGUCGUGUGAUUGGUGAUGUGGUUGACAUGUUCAUUCCUUCUGUUAACAUGUCUGUGUACUUUGGCUCCAAGCAUGUUACCAAUGGCUGUGACAUCAAGCCCUCCAUGGCUGUUAGUCCACCCAAGGUCACUCUCACUGGCAACAUGGAUAACCUUUACACCCUGGUUAUGACCGAUCCAGAUGCACCAAGCCCCAGUGAACCAAGCAUGCGCGAGUGGAUACAUUGGAUCGUGGUUGACAUACCUGGGGGAACAAACCCAACUCGCGGAAAAGAGAUUCUUCCUUAUGCGGGGCCAAGGCCACCAGUGGGGAUUCACCGCUACAUUUUGGUACUCUUUGAACAGAAGGGUCCUUUGGGAGUGGUGGAGCAGCCACCAGUUAGAGCCAGCUUCAACACCCGCUACUUUGCCAGGCAAUUGGACUUGGGGCUCCCUGUUGCUACUGUUUACUUCAACUCCCAGAAGGAGCCUGCAACUAGGAGGCGCUGA